UUCCCCCACCUCCCUCACUCCCUGUCUUUAGCCCUUCUGUCUGCGUCUUGCCAUAGCAGUUGCAGGGCGAAGGGCUCAUCAUUUCUCUCUCUCCUCUUUAUUUCUGGCCUCCUCCCUCGCAUUGUCUCUCCAGAUCUGCAAGCAAGCGGGUUUUCAAGCAAUCUGAUUAGUAUCUAAUCUAAUCUAAUCUAGCCUGCCUGCCUGUGCGCCGUAUCCUUCGGGAUGGGGGGGAAGAAGAAGAUGUCGGCGGUAGCGCUGGCGGCGGCGGCGGUGUUGCUGUUGGCCGGGAUGGCGAUGGUGGAGGCGAAGGCGUCCAAGUCGAAGCCGAAGGUGUGCGACAAGGGGUGGGAGUGCAAGAGCAGCAUCUACUGCUGCAACGAGACCAUCACGGACUUCUUCCAGGUGUACCAGUUCGAGAACCUCUUCAGCAAGCGCAACGCCCCCGUGGCGCAUGCCGUCGGCUUCUGGGAUUACCAGUCCUUCAUCACCGCCGCCGCCCUCUACGAGCCCCUCGGUUUCGGCACCACCGGCGGCAAGCAGAUGCAGAUGAAGGAUGUCGGCAGCAAGACCUCUUGUGGAUAUGGAGUUGCAACUGGUGGCCCAUUGGCAUGGGGACUUUGCUAUAACCAUGAAAUGAGCCCUAGCCAGAUCUAUUGUGACUCGGACUCCAUCUACCGUUGUGUUGAAGGAGCUGAAUACUAUGGCCGUGGUGCUCUCCCUGUUUUCUGGAACUUCAACUACGGGACUAUUGGUGAAGCACUCAACAUCGAUCUGUUGCACCAUCCAGAGUACUUGGAACAAAAUGCUACCCUGGCCUUCCAAGCCGCUAUUUGGAGGUGGAUGAAUCCCAUCAAAAAGAAGCAGCCUUCGGCCCAUGAUGCUUUUGUUGGUAACUGGAAGCCCACGAAGAAUGACACUUUGGCUAAGAGGCUACCAGGAUUCGGAACUACCAUGAAUAUUCUUUACGGGGAUCAGACUUGUGGUCAAGGUUUUGUUGACUCCAUGAAUAACAUCAUAUCACACUACCAGUAUUACCUUGACUUGAUGGGUGUUGGGCGCGAGCAGUCUGGAGAUAAUUUAGACUGUGCCGAACAGGAGCCUUUCAACCCAUCUUCACAAUCUGCAACUUCCUAAGUCACAACUGAAGGGUGCUUUCUGUGUCAAGCCAAUACUCCGAUUCUAGAAAUAAAUUGUCUUGGUUGUUCCUAUUAAAAGAUCUCUUUGUGGGGCUGUGUUACUGUUGUUUGAUCUGUAUUACUAAGAUUUUUGUGAAGCUAUACUGUAGAUGGUGACUGUGGGGUGGUAAUUGUCAUUUAUGUUGUUAUGUCUAGUAUUUGUGGACAAAGAACGUGUAAUGAACAUGCCAUUUUUAUCUGUAGAGUCUGUGCCGUCUGUGUUAUUUUCGUUUGUCCUGCUUGUUGGAAUUAUUAUUUAAUGCAGUGAACUUUCUAAGA